GAGCCGUGAGGGCGAGCGCGUGUGUCGGUGAGCGCGCGCGAGAGAUACGGGCUCGCGGGGGAGCUGCGAAACAUGGUGAUCGCCGCCAUCUGCGUCUCCAUCCGCUCCAGCUCCGCCGCGCUCUCUCCUCCUCCACCGCCACGCUCGGGGUUCAUGAUCCGCGCGCCCAGAAUAGCCCGCAGCCGUCAUGCCGAAGCAAGGAAAACAAGACGCGCGGUAUUUUUAGCCUCGUUAAUUUCCACCACGUGGCCGUUUGAGGGUAAACCGGAUGGCUCGGAGGCUCCUCGGCAGUAUGUCCUGCGAGGCCGCCACGCCGCCGCACCGGACGCCGCCGCCGCCGCCGCUGCUGCUGCUGCUGCUGCUGGCCUCGCUGCUGGAGGUGGGGACGGGGAUCCCGCUGCCGAGCAGCAGCAGCAGGACCAAUGCCACGCUGCUGGAGAGACGGUGGGAGACGCUGUUCUCCCGAUCCGUGCUGGGGGUCUCCGGGGAGAAACCGGAGCAGAGCUGGGAGAGUGACUACCUGCUGGGCAUCAAACGGCUCAGGAGGCUCUACUGCAAUGUUGGGAUCGGCUUCCACCUGCAGGUUCUCCCCGACGGCAGGAUCAGCGGUGCCCACGAUGAGAACCAGUACAGUCUGCUGGAGAUCUCCACGGUGGAAAGAGGAGUGGUGAGCCUUUACGGGGUGAAGAGCGAGAUGUUCGUAGCAAUGAACAGCUGGGGGAGGUUAUAUGGAACGACAGUUUUCCAAGAGGAGUGCAAGUUCAGGGAGAGUUUCCUCCCAAACAACUACAACGCCUACGAGUCUCUGGCGCACAGAGGCUCCUACAUCGCACUCAGCAAGCACGGACGCACAAAGCGGGGCAACAAGGCCACCACUGCCAUGACUGUUACGCACUUCCUGCCCCGAAUAUGAUGAGCACAGACUGGCAAUAACCAACCGAUUUGCACAUGUGGAUUAUAACCCAGGUAAAAUUUAUAUCGCAGAAAACAUGGGACUGAAGGAGAAACUCAAUAUUUAUUCAUCUUGUACUAUGUAUAUUUGGCUGGAUUAUGUUGUUUUGGACGAUCUUUGCUGCUUUUAUGUUUUUCAUUUUUUCAUUGUGAUAAAUUGAAGAGGCUUGAUAGCGAGCAGAUAUAUAUCACCGAUCUUCCAGUUACUAGGGUGCUUGUUUGACUUCCUCCCCUGUUGGAGGCUGUUGGUUAACCUUAAUGGAAUUCACAAUACCUCAUGUCCUGGAUGGAAGAUAUAGAAAGACAUGUGCACAUGGAGUUUCUCCUGAGAACGUGUGAGUGAGUCUCUGCCAGGGCAAAUGUGCUGACGACCUUUAAUGUGCUGAUGUUUUCCUUUCCUUGCUUUGUCAUGAGGUGGUGGUGGUGGUGGUGCCUUGAAUUCCUUCUGAUGCCCCCCCCGCCCUUCUUUUCCAUGCAUGCGAGAAAUGUGUUGCUUGGGCCAGGAAUAGGACUGAAAUGUAACUCAUCACUCCCUCAGACUCACUAAGGUCUUUAGCCCAAUUCCAAGAGAGCCGGAGCUUCCUCACUUUUUAUUCCCGUCCAUAACUAGAGCAAUUUAGAAAGCGAGACACGACGCAGCCGCUUCCGAGUCAAAUGAUCAUUUAGAUCCUGGAGAUCCUUUAACAACCCCAGUUUUAAUUUCAAACGGCUUCUGAGGCAGCACAAUGUCCGAAUACACAUCAGGGAUUCCGGGCUUAAGUCAGCAGGCAGUGGAAGAAGGUGCAAUAGUAGCAUAGAAUACACCACCGUUGGUUACAUGUCACCAUUUCUAUAAGCUCAAAGAAAUGUCUCCACCAAAUGAAAACACAUACAGUAUGUUGAGCAACUUUAGUCCCCUAUUCUGGGGUGAUAUUACGUUGGUAGUUCCAGUCACUUUUGGGGACAAUCAUUCACAAUAAUGAUGGGCUUCAUGAAACAGUGUCUUCAUUUCAGACGCCACACACACUCUGCUCCAUAAUCUAAUAAAGACCAUUUUCAUCACGUUAUUCUAACCAAGAGCGCCACCAAAUGGGCUGUGGACACUGUUUCACGGUGGUAGGUAGAUGAGGUUUCAUGAAACAGUGUCUAGGUUUUUAGAGGCCACCAGUUGGCACUGUUUGCUGUAAAAUGUUUGGACUUAACAAAUUCAAACCUCAUGUAAUUUGUAACAUCGAGAGGCCUCUGAAUAUGAGGACACUGUUUCACUAACCCUGCAAUACUGUAUCAAGAUACCUCUAGUGAUGAACAUAUGAGGCUUCAUGAAACAGUUUCUAUUGGUUUAAAAGUGGUUUUUUUUUCAACGGUUGUUCAAAUCUUAAGGUUUUAGAGCAGAGAGCGCCAUCUUGUGGCCUCUGAAAAUAUGGACACUGUUUCAUGAAACCUCGCCCAUCUUUAUUCCGUGGAAUCAUUUUAAGACCUAUAGUGGCUCUACGUUUGAAUUCAUUUCGGAAGUGAUGAGUAGCUAGACGAGGCAGUGGCAACCUCGGGACGUAGCCAUGUGUGACUGCUUGGCCAUGCAACAGUACCGUGCCUAAGUUCACCUCUUCUAGUGCCAGAGCUCAAGCUGUGUGCCGUGCUUGAUAAAGAAACACAACAGUAACUUGAACCACGGGAGCUGCUGACAAUCCGACAGUCAGAGCUAGUUGUUUUACUUCCACUGCCCUCUACAGAUAUUUACUUGACACUGCAAUCCAUCCUGCAGAUAUUACGUCAGCAAUGACUUUAUUAGACGUCAUGUCUUGUGUUUGAAGUAGUUAUGUGAAUGUAUGUGAGUUUAUUUACUUUUCUUUGUAUAUGUACAAGGCACUUUCAAAUGGGUUGCUGUUAUUAACUGUGUUAAAUGGAGUCGCUGGAAAUGGCUUAUGAAGCGUCUUCCCUCUGUUUUGGCACUUGGUUGGUGGUUCUGUCAAUGCCAACAGGGGCCCUCUCACUGUAUUCACGAGGGCCAGGCUGUACUGAAAACCUUACUUCAAAUGUGAGAAGACGUGGUUGGCUGGUAGCAACUUUGUAUGCAGCGAAUGGUUUAUUAACUUUUGUUGGUUUGAGAAACCAGUCGACUACAGCUGUUGCUGCAAAAAAAGGUUGGGUUUCAGCACCAAAUACUUGAAUACACUUUGGUUACUUUAUGAGGCGAUAUAUUGCUUCCAGGACCUGCUGUAUAGGAGUCAGUUUUCAUUUAUUGAAAUAUGUAUUUAUCUGCUGACAUAUACAUACAGUUGGUCCUCUGUUUCAUGCUUGUGUGUGUGUGGAGGGUGGAAACACAACCAGAUGUGGUCGAAACCUGUUGUCAAUUUCCCAUCUUUAUCCUAAAUGGUGUCUUAAAUGAAACCACAUACUACAAUCACUGUCUUGUCAUGAGCAGGAAAUCCUUCGUACGUCAUGCAAAAAUAGGUUGAAUCAGGGGAGCAAUCGUGAAAUGGAACGGUCAGUGAGCAAAUGGACGUGCGAGGUGGUCGAAAUACACUUGGACGUCCACUUUCUGAUACCAUGCCAUUGAGGACAGAGGAGCUGAAGCUGCAGACACUCUUGUUUCCUUUCAUUUUUUUUUACCAUUUUCAGAUUCAUUGUUGACAUUAAAGAUCUAGGGAUGCGCCGAUCCAACAUUUAUGGUCCUGACACCGAUGCCUGGGCUUUGGGUAUUGACCGAUACCGAAUCCAGUGUUAGCUGUGGGAUAACACUGAGUAAAAACGGCGUUUUGCACAUGUUGCAUGUCAUUCCCACAUGGCCGAGUUGAGAAACUGCUGUUAGCUGCUGCCAUGUUGUUAUUCUGACCGGCCCCGCGUGUGACGUCAACGUCAGCACUAAACAUAGAGUUUAAAUGUCAAGAUCGGCCCUUUUUCACCGAUACCCAAUCCCAUUUGAAGAGACUGGAUCGGUCAAUACCUGAUACCAGGAUCAGGAUUGUUGCAUCCCUAUAAAGAUCACAGUGCCAGCUUAAACACUGCAGUCCUCAUGGGUCUCACUAUUUUGAGGUCAACCGGUUUUUGGUGGACGUUUUCAAGCACUUGCGGGUAACUGAGAAUGACUCAGCGUUCUGGCCCCCGGGCCUCGAGUUUGACUUUUGAAAAGGCACUUGAAAUUGAUGUUGAAUUCCUUAGCAAUACUGGAAAGCACAGAUCAACUCAGUCUUCAGUGGCAUGUACACGAUCAUGUGACACAAAGCUGAGUGUAGUUUACUUUGAAAGUAACAGUAGCAAUAGUGGCAUCAAUCCUUUUCUGUGAUCACAGAGCUUUAAAUGUAGCUGAGGAAUCAAAUACUCAAGACAUAAAGGAGGUGAUGACUUUUCAUUCAAUUAAUUUAAUUGAAUUUUAAUAUAAAAUUGUAUUUUUCAGAUGGUAUAAUCCAGUAAUUUAUCAUUUCAGUGAGAAUCAGAAGUGUGUGCACAUUUUAUAGUCGAGGUGUGGAUGAUGUGGUUGUCAAAACAAGCACUUAUUUAUAUGAUAACACAUAAUCUAUUGGGUCUUUGGCCACCCAAAGUGCCAACGUCUUUCGUUUGUGAAGGUGUUUUUGCAUGUUGUCGUUGUUGUUAUGAAGCAAAAGGAGGUUGUAUGAUGUCGCUGUAUCGGAGGAAGGUUGCUAAUAAAAUUGUUGUUCAUCUUCAUGAAAAUAUGAAUUUUGCUAUUGGACGCCUGAAAGGGCCACCUUACGGGACAAUUGAAUGAACACCAUUUAUUACAAUUGUGUCAGUUGGCAGGGAAGGUGUGUGUGAGCCAGCAGCCAUUGUGUCUCUCUCAGCGUUCUAUUCCUGCACUGAGAGACAAGUGCUUCCCCCCAAACUCCUCCUGUUUUGUAGACAUAUACCUCACCUUCUGCCUUAGUUCUGAGGAUUGAAAUGAUUGUACAUUGAAACAUCUCCAAUCAUUGCUUCUGGACAAAGAAAAAAAAAACAAAAAACAGGUAACGAAUAAGUAAAAUAAUAUAUUACAAAUGGUUUUCCUUUUAUUUUUCUAAGUAUGUGCUGUGCACAGCAGUCGAUUGUACUACUAUGAUAACAAUAAAAGAGGAUUUAUAGAAACUGGUGUCAUAGUGGUUCCUGUUCUCCAAAAUACAUAAAAAAAAAAUCAUUUUGAGAUGCAAUAAUUUAUGAUAUGGCGCCCUCGAAUGGCAGCUAUGUAAAACACAAGAGCUAACCAUCCGCCACCGUCAGAGCCUGACAUGCACCAUGGAUGGAACUGUUGCAUUUAAAAAAAAACUUUCUGGCUCAAUGCUUUUGUGCAUUUUAAGGUACUCCUCUAUGGACUAUGAAGAAAAUCUUAAACUCAUCGGCAGCAGUUGAUUUCAAACCCAAAAUAGAUAAAGCAAAAACCAAACAAUAUGUUCAGUCUUUCUUAGCACCAUUUUUUUUUAAUCUCCGAAAUUCUAGCUUUGCAUUUAAAAUAAUUUCUUCACUUCACAUGGACCAACAAUGCCAGACAAGACGUUUUUAACAUUCGACACAAUACUCUUCAGUAUCCAUCCACCUCCUCUGCUCCAACCGGGUCAGAUGCAGAGAAGUCCACGUCUUUAUCCCCUCCAGGCUUGACUACUAUUACAAGACAUUUCAAUUGCUAUUACUGUCACCUGCCUUCAGACAGUGUCAUAGAUCCCCAGCAGUGCUGCCAGGAUCAUGACCUUCAACAAGUCACCACUCUGGUAUGAAUGAAUAAUGCACAACAAAGCCCUGCGGCUCACUUGCAUCACUGUGUGUGCAGUCUCACCUCAAGGAGCCUGGAUACUAGUCUCCUCACAGCAGGCCACCAAGCUGUGUUCGCUCCAGAUA